AUGCGUGUCUCUCACCAAACAGUCGCUGCCAUCUUGGCCACCACGGUCGCUUCCUCUGCUAUCAACAUCCAGAUCCAGAUCCCAGGUCCUGAAGUAGAGGCUAUUUCCACCCGGCCGGUUUUCGCUCUCAUGGCUCUUCGCUCCGCAACCCCCAUUCACUUAUCUCCCAUCUCAGCCUUCAAAUCCGCACUCUCUCUCCUCGUCCCCAAUCAACACGCAAUCUGUAUACCCUCACCUCCUCCCUCACCCAACCACGCAGUCUUUGUCUUGGAAGACAGAGAGUUGUUCUUGUAUACUGAGGAGGGGAAUUUCCCGAGGCAGCAGGUUUAUGUGGAUCUCGAGGGGAGAGAAAGCACCGGCCUCGUCUCCUUCACACCAGCCAUCCACGGCCCACCAUCUCGCCCCAUCAUUCCCGACGGGGGAGUCCUCGAAGGCUGGGAAAUUGUGGACCAGUAUCUCAUUUUUAGAGGUCAAUAUCUUGUAGCUUGUCCAACUUUCCCAAUUGAUUACGAGAAUGAGAACGAGGAUAGGACUGGGAAUGAGAAUGCUGGGUGGAAGAUCUUUGUUGCGGAGGGUGGAGAUGGGAGGGGAAGGAAGGAGGGAGAGGGUGGUUGUUUGGCGUUUUCGGCGAGGAUUUUGCCUGUUCCGGAGGGGGACGCCGUGGCGUGUACGUAUAAUUAG